AUGCCCAGCCAUGCGCCAGCCCCGAGCGCCGCACACGCUGGAGCGCCGCCGGUGAAGGAGUUACGCCGCUCUCUGCGCCUGUCGGCCGCGAGGCAGGCCUUUGCGUGCGUGUUGGCAUGGUGCGCGCUGCUCUUUGGGCUGCCUGGCACAGCGACGGCGUACACGGCGAGGGACAUGGACGCCAGCGUCCGCGAUCACCGCCCGAUGCGCGGCCAUCGAUUCCUGUACGCUCCGCACCCGGUCGAGGACGCCGGCGCUCGAGAAGGAGACGACAGAAGUGGGAAGGAGAACUUGGUUAUUUACUGCUGGUUUUCGAGGAUCAGUGCGACACGCGGCGAACGGGAGGAGGCGAACGGGAUCAUGCAGCGGGCGCGCAACAGCGUGGAGCAGGGAAUAGGUGUGUACGUUGACGUGCCGUCUGCGUUCGUGUACGACCCGCGGCACCACGAUCAGCCGCUGUUCUCGGUGAUGCUGCACACCGCGGCCCACCACACCCUGUGGUUCCUGAAACGACUCCCAAGCAACACCCUCGCCGCCGUGGUGGACUGCGGGGACGUCACGUUCAUCCGGAACGCAACCGAGACGCUCAAGCGAUUCCACGACUUCGAUGCGGACAUCGUCGUCGGGUCGCAGAACACGCAGUGGCCCGACAACGACACAGCCCUGUACGAGCAAACGCAGAAGCUCUUCGCGAACGGCGGCGCGCCAGGCAUGCCGGUGCACAGCAUGCCGCGGGCCACGCCGACGAAGGCGCCGUUCAAGUUCCUCAACACGGGCGUCAUCGUUGGGUAUGCGCGCGCGAUGGAGUUCAUGUGGGAGCGCCUCGUCGCCGACGACGAGUUCCUCAUGCGCGGCCAGGUCGUGGACGGCGUCAGGACGGUGCGCAGCGACCCCACCGCGAUCGACGACCAGCGCGGGAUCCGGAACUUCUGGCUCCUGCACUAUGACUGGAUCGGGAAGGGCGCGCCGGGGGACGCGUGGUCGGAGGAGCGGGCGCGGGAGGGGCGAGACGCGGCGCGCCGGGGAGGCGGGUUGGCACAGGGGUAUCGGCGGCUGAUUCGCGUCGAUGCGUGGGCAGAGCUCGCCGCCAACAUGGACCCAACGAACGACAACAUGGGCCGGAACCCCCCGAACUCGCGCGGCGGCUGCCUGUUCCCAAGAUUCUCAGACAUGGACUGCUGGCGCAAGGAGCCGCCGCACUCCCCGCACGAAGCCACUCCGUGGCCAGAACUGCGCUGCCGCUCCCGCGCCCUGGGCAACCACCCCGUCGCCGUGCACGGGCCGGGCUUCGGCAAGGAGAUCUGGCGGAGCGUGGCCGCGAAGCUCGGGUACGCGCCGGUGCACUGGGCGCGGGAAAUGGCGGACAUGUGCGGGCGCAGGCUGCAGCUGGUGGCGCGCAACGGGCACAUGCUGCUGUCCGCGGAGCUGCGGAACACCGUGCUACGAUGCAAGCUCCAGGGCGAGAAGUGCCAGAACUACGACAAGGAGGACGUUCGGCCGCUGGUCGCGGUGCCGCAGUUGGAGCCCAAGCUGUGGCGGGGGUUCGUGGGGGAGUGGGAGUGGCAGGACAGACCGGAGGGCGCGGGCAUCGAGGUGCCGCGGUGGGCGACCGAGGAACCAUUCGCAUACGAGUGCUGCGCGCCCCCGGAGACCUAG